AGAGUGAAAGAGACAAAACUAUGAAAAUUUGUUCAAACUGGUUGUCAGACUAAACAUAUUUACACAUGAAAACUGCACAAACGAGGGGAUAUUGUUCAGUUUAAUAUGAAUUUUAAAGUGGAAACAUGUGUGUUCGCUUAAAAUCUUAUAGCUGAUGGAAUAUAUUUUAAAAAUUUUUUUUAAGAAAUACACAAACACACCCUUGUUUGUGCAGUAACAGUGAGUUGCGGCAAUAAUUUGAAGCGGUUGAGCGAAAGUGUUGUUUUUUUAUUUGCGCAGUAAACGUAGUGCUUUAUAUUUUUAUGAAAUUUGAUUUGUCUAUUUGUGGUGACUGUACCUUAGUUAUUAUCAGCAGACCCUGGGAUCUUGGAAAAUAGUUGAAAGAAUCAUGGAAAAAGAACAUAUGAAAUUUUGGCAAGAAUUUUUCCAUCUUUAUAAAGAACUACCCGCUUUAUGGCGUGUUAAAAGUACCGAAUAUUCCGAUCGUACUUUAAAAGCCAAUUGUUAUUCCAAACUUGUAGCAAAACUAAAAGAAAUUUAUCCGGAUGCCGAUCGUGAAAUGGUUGUAAGAAAAAUUAAUAACUUUCGUACGUCAUACAGAAAGGAAUUGAGAAGAAAGAGAGAAAGUCAACGUUAUGGUAGGGUACAUAAGCCCACACUAUGGUAUUUUGAUUGUUUAUCGUUUUUGUAUGAUCAGGAUGAGUGUGGUUGUGGUAGAACAUCGGUGUGCGAAGAAGAGGGUACAGAAGAGAAAAAACCAACAACUCAAAAUAUUGGCUCACAUGCGAUAAAACAGCAACAGUUGCCGGCAAAACGUUACCAUAAUAUCAAGGAAAGUGAUGAGGAAGAGAAUUUACCUUCUUCUUCGAAAAGGAUAAAACUGAAUCAUCGCCAAAUACAACCGAUUAAAUUGUCACAUGAGCAACAAAAACAAGCCCAAAUCGAUGCCGAUAUUUUAGCCAAAUCUUGGGCUGUACAAUAUAAAGAAAUGCAAGGGAAUCAAAAAUUAAUUGCAAGAAAAAUUAUAUCUGAUAUUUUAUUUCAUGGCUGUAUGGGUACGCUGAAUAUGUCUCAAACUGUAGAUAUACAAGAAAUACUAUUGAGAACGUCUAGCACAGAUCAGCCAAUACAUCAAAUGCCAGUUAGCCAAUCAAAUAUGGAUUCGAAUGAAUCAGAUCAUUAUUCUGAUCAGGAAUUUUUUCAGUAUGAGUCUGUUAGAGAAUCAUCACCUAUACCGUAUAAUAGCUCCAGUCGAUCGGUGUCACCUACGAAUUUAAAUGCUGGUUCAGAAAUCGAAAUAAGUGAAAUUAAAUUUGAGCUGCCUUAAUAGGGGGAAAUCGGGUUUCUGAACUUUGCAGUAUUUUUGUAUAUUUAAAGUUUAAUUUGUUUAUUUACAUUUUAAGAAAUAGUUUAAGAAUGAAAUGAUAAUUUAAUUUGAAAUAAAAUAUAUUUUAAG